GCAAGUGGAACCCAAUCAGCGCAUGUUGUGUGUACAAAAAGAAACGUCAAAACUGCAGCAAAAAUAAGCGAAAUAAGCCGUAAAAUAAGCCAAGCAACAACAACAAUAACAACUGGAUACCCUUAAAUAGCACAUUUGUUAACCAAAGAGCGGCCCCAAGCGAACCGCUCACCCCCAAAGAAGCGGCGGCCCAAAAAUCGCCCAGCGCUGAGAUUCCACCAAAAAACCCCGCACACACACACGCACGCACACAUACGCGCGCAGCCAAAGGAGAGCUCUGAGGCCAAAAGCGAACGACGAAUUCCGCCAGAAGAAGCAGCAGCGGCAGCAAUUGGAACGCACCGUUCCUCCGUCCCAUUGGAGCAGCAGCAUCCACACAGCCAAAGGCAGCGACAGCCACGGCGAGAGCAGCAACCAGCAAGCAGCAGGCAGCAUCAGCCCCAGUCAGCAGCACCAGGAGACGCAGAAGCCACUACAGGAUGAGCAUGGAGAAAGUAGCCAGCAAGCAGUACGAGUCUAAAAUCUGGCCAGACGUCGUGGACAGCGACGACAGCGAUGUGGAGAACGAGAUAGAUGUGGACAAGUUGCCGCCGCUGGAAGUCGGGCCCGGUGAGAAUCGUCUGCAGCACACAUACUGCCUCUGGUUCUCGCGCAAGGGGACGCAGCGGGCGGCCGCCGACUACAGCAAGUCGCUGCACGUGGUCGGCCGGUGCGCCAGCGUGCAGCAAUGGUGGUCGCUCUACUCGCACCUCAUCCGGCCCACCGCCUUAAAGCCCUUCCGGGAGCUCAGCCUUUUCAAGCAGGGCAUUAAGCCGAUGUGGGAGGAUCCGGCCAACAGCAAGGGCGGCCAAUGGGUGAUACGGCUGCGCAAGAACAAGAUAGAACGGGCCUGGGAGAAUGUGUGUAUGGCGAUGCUCGGCGAGCAGUUUCUCGUCGGCGACGAGAUAUGCGGGAUCGUUCUGCAGACAAAGUACCCGAUAAAAACAAAACACAGCCGCGCAAUGCAUACAAAUGAGCGGAGGAGCCCAGGAGUCACGUAGCCUAGCCGCCGCCUGGACGGGAGGAAACCACCUCUCAUCUCUCCGGCAGCCAAAAAUAGGUGGCUCUAAUUAAGAAGACAAGCCUGGAGGAGUCUUGGUGCUGUUGCUGGUUCUGGUCCUGGAAAAUUAAUGGAACCCACGAGUGGCAGAGCAUUUUCGGCGUUCACACAAAUUAAAUUCCAUCAAGUUUAUUUGCUGUAAAUGAGGCAGAGCCAGAAGGAUCUUCUUCUCCCGACUGGCCCUAAUUUAAUUUCCCCACACCCACAAGGGGGCCAACCCUUUGGGGGGAGUGGAGGAAGGGCUAGCACGUGUUGCCAUGUUACCAUUUAGCAUUUACCACUUAGAAGCGAAUGUAGAGAGCCACAGCCACAGUCAGACACUUGAUACACACACACAGAACAGAAGCUAAUUCCGAGUUGACACGACGAUUCGUUAGAUUUUCCAUGUAAAUAGUCAUUAUAAUUAUUAUUAUGGUCUGCGUUGAUUUUUGUCUCGAGGGGAACUCUGGAGAAAACCCCAACAAAGAAACGACAAAAUUGUAAACAAAACCCAAUAUUUAUUACGAAAUUUCACAUUUGUCUGCAUCAAGCAAAUGCAAUGAUUAACGAUUAUUAAAUUAAAUGUAUCGAGACGAACCGAGCAGCGGAUGAAAAUCUAUUAAUUAGUAAUUAUUAUAAUGUGAUGUUAUAUAUAUAAAUCAAUCGAUAAAGGCAACCAGCAAAAACAAAAUGGAAACUACAAAAACUAUGACAAAUUGUUAACCAACGUAACAAAUUUCACUAAGUAGAUUUUUCGAAUUAAAUUUAAAUAAUAAUUAAAGCAUAGAAAAACCAAGGAAAACAAAAAUAAAAAUGAAACUAAAGAACUUUGCUGUAUACACGAGAUAAAAUGCGUUUUUCUACUUCAAAUGAAUAUGUAAAAUGAUUUUUCAAACUUAGAUUACCCUAUAUAUACCUAAAUAUAUAUAUACCUAAUUAUACAUAUAAAGAAAUUACAAAUUCUAUGUAAAUGUUGUGCGUAUAUAAAAGCAAAGGCGUAGAAACCAACCCACAUUUCGAUAUCUUUCAGUUACUUAUGUGUGUGCUAUAUAUUAUUAUCUUCUUCUAUGUAAAGGCAAGAAGAGCUUGCUUGGCUUCAAACAGACAAAUUUUUGGGCCUUAAUCCAGCAACCAAACUACCCAAGCCGAGGCCUUGGUGUUCUUCUAAUUAGCCAGCAUUCUUUCUCAGAUCAAUAUAUAUCUCUAUUAUAUGCAGUACCCCUGGGGAGGGGGGCAACCCACACACUAAUGGUUAUAUUCUCUAUAUCUAAGUGAAUGUGUUCGUUUUAAACUUGUAUAAAAGCACGCUCCCCUCUCCGCUCAGACACGAAAUGUUUGUAAAAUAUGACCGAAAAAAAGGAUGAAGCAGAAUUAACUUACAAAAUAAUACGUAUUUCUGGAAGUAUGGGAAGAAGACAUUUUAGUUUUUCUACUUGAAUCGCAUUUCUUCCACUUUUCCACCAAACCAAAUGAAAUUUAAAUGAGAAAACAUACAUAUAACGAAGAUAUAAUAUUUUGAGUCUCUUCGAUCCUCAAGCUCAAAAAACGAAACCCUAAACGAGUAUAAACAAAAUAAUAAUGAUAAAGAAGUUUCUAGGUUCUAUUCUAUGUUUAGUUGUCUUGUUAUUUAUAUGUUUAGAUUUAGUUUGUGUCUAAUUUACUUUUAAGUUUUCGCUCCGCAAUAAAUACAGACAAUUAUAUAUA